AUGGCUCCCAAACAUGCGCCCCUCUCCAGCAGCGGCAGCAGUGGCCCCGGGGUUGGAGGGGUAAAUAAUAAAGGAGACCCCCGCUCUUCCUCUCCCACGGCAUGGAUCCUGGAUGCGGGGAUGGUGGCCGUCUGUUCGCCGAGGAACGGGAAGAGGACGCGGGCGCUGGAUGGGACGCUGGCCCGGUGGUUUGUGACCGUCGGCGCGGUGCUGAUGCUGAUGAUGCAGAGCUCCUUGGCCGCUGACGCUGAGGGAGGUCACUAUGAGUCAAUGAGACAGGCUGUCUUGCCUCCGGACCCCGCUUCACCCUCCAACCUUUCAGCCACCCCCGGGACUGGAGACAGAGCUGGGGCUAAGGACAAAGAUGCAAUGGAUGGCACUGACGCCGGUCCUGGAGCUGGAACCGGAGCUUUGCCUAAGGGUAAAGUGUUUGCUGAGGCCAGAACAGCGGUUUGGAUUGAAACAGAAGCAGGAGCACGUGCUCUGGCGGGUGGCAAAGUCUUUGCAGAGGCUGGGAUUAUGACGGGAACCGGCGCCUGGGCUGAAGUCGGUGCUGAAUGGAGGCCGGUGGAUGCGGAGGCGGGUGACCUGCCAAGCGUGCCCAGGGACCCUACUGCCUGGCUGGGGCAGCAGAGGCUGCAGACGCGUGGAGAGGGCCAAAGAGAGCAGACAGGCUUCUCAUCAGUCCCCACCAUGCUGGCAGAGAUGGCAGAGCUGCAGGCACCAGCAUUAGGAAAACCUUUAGGACUCCUGUCUAAAGCUGCUUGGACCAAAAUCUCCUCUUCAUCGUCAUCCAAGGCCUCCUCCUCCUCUACAACAAAAGCAUCCUCUUUGCCUUCCUCCUCCUCCUCCUCGUCUACAACAAAAGCAUCCUCUUUGCCUUCCUCCUCCUCUUCCUCGUCCUCCUCUCCAGCCAAUAACAGAGACAGUCAGACAGCAGGACCACACAAUGUCUCUCUGGUUGUUGUCAACAGCAACUCUUCCAACAGCAACAGCAGCUCCAGUUUGGAAGAGUCAGUGAGCAGCCUGCCAGCCUGGGAUCUCCCCACUGUCCCCGAGUCGCUACUGUCCACAGUGGGUGACCACGACGUCACACUUCCUGCCAACGUCACCAGCCCUUUCUCCACCCACCAAUGGAACACUACCGUACCUGUGCGCACCACAAACACCUCACGGCACGCAACCACAUCAACCACCACCAUAAACACAUCUCUAUCACCCACCACCACCACCUCGGCUUUACCGUUAUCCACCACGGCUAGAACACAAACACCACUGGGAUCCACUACGGUUUCUAACAGCACAAGCCAGGACACUGUGACCAAUGACAGCCUUCAGCUGACGACAGUAACGACGAUGACGCCCUCAACGACCACUCUUACUGUGACCUCUGUUGAUAUGAUGACACAGACGGUGACCACUGGGAGAGCUGUAACAGUACCACGCAAUACCACUACUGCAACAACCACUCAGCCAAUCACAAGCCUCAAAAUGACAACAGCGGCUACAACUCAGCCUUCAACCAGCACUACAACCACACCUGCCACUACUACCACCACUACUACAGGCCCCCCAACCACCACCACUACUCCUCCAACCACUACUACACCUGCAACUACUACUACUGCCACCACCACUACUACUACCACUACAACCACAACAACAAAGGUACCUGCUACCACUGUGUUCAUCCCGGUCCAAACCACACCGCCUCCCACCACGACCACAGAGCCUCCGUCCAGUACCAGUGCAGAGGAAAGUCCUCUACCAUGCAAUGUGACCGAGAAGAACUGGGUCAGAACAGUUCUGUCCAUUGAGCUGCGUAGGAACCGCCUGGACCUGAUCCUGAAACAGAACCUCUCUAAAGGACUGAGCCACGCCCUGCAGAGAGCCCUGAACGACUCCACAGCCUAUGCACAGGUGGAACGUGAUGACUGCAGCCCCCACAAUGUGACGUUGGGUUACUACGUGACCAGCGGCAAAACUGUCUACAUUUCCUCCUUGGUGGUUGAGUCACUGAAUGUUUAUGGUUUUGACAAGCUGCUGUCGGACAUCAGGCAGCACACCCCAUUGGUUAAGGCAGUUCUGGUUCCCGUGGAAACCUGGUUGCCUGCUCCAAGCAUUCAUCUGCAGCUGAGAACAGUGUUGAGGUUUGUUGGCCCAACAGACAACAUCUACUCGUGCAGUUUUGUCCAGAUGUUGGAGCAGAGGCUGGAGAACGCCUUCGAUGAGGCUCAGGACAAAGUGCUGGAGACCUACAACAGGCUCACUGUGGAGAUCCAGAGUGUGUCCCAGGAGCCGGGCUCUCCGUCAGUCUCCCUGGUGUACGUGGUGAAGAACCAGGAUGCGAUCCUUAACGGGACGAUCUCCAGCGGCCUCCUCAACCAGCUGACCGCUGAGCUUGUGGGAUACUUUCUGUUCUACCCACCCCUGGUCAUCGCUCAGCCCCUUGAAUACCAUAAUCUCAACACGUCGAUGGCAACCAAGAACUAUUGGGUGAUAACAGUGAUCCAGGAUGUGGACAGCUCUUCCCUGGAGGCCAACUACCAGAGCUUCGCCAGCCUGAUGGAGCAGCGGCUGGCUGAGCUGUUCCUGGUGGCCGGCAGGCAGGGCUCUCGGGCAGCACGAUCUCGGCGGGCCACCACAGUGGGGGGUUAUACUGUACAGAUGGUGAGCAUGCGUCGACUGCCCGGUCCCAAGAACCCUGCAGAGAUGACAUACUACGUCCAGCUGAACGGAUCCCCUGUCACUGGAGCCAGCGCUGCCAAGACCCUCAGCAGUCUGGACUCCCAGACCAUGGCUCUGACACUGGGAUACUUUGUACAAGUGCAGGCUGAACCUGUGGUAAAGACGCCGCCCAGCAACCUGUGGAUCAUGGCCGUUCUGACACCACUCUUCCUGUUGAUGGUGGUGAUCGGCAUGGUGGCCUUCAUUCUGUGUAAGAGGAACAGGGUCAUCUUCAAAACUGGUGCCUUCAGGACCUUCAAAUCCCGCUCCAAGGUUCACUCACCCUUCGUCCUCUGUUCUGUCGGCUGGGAUCAUCCUCCGGUCCUCUUCCUCCACGGCGCCCUCCCGGCUCCCCCCGCUCCUCGCCUCACCGCCUGCGCCUCGCCUGCUCCUCGGUCCUCCGUGUCCACGUCACCCGGCGUCCACCUCUCCACCAUCUCCUCUUCCCUAGCCCCCUCUGUAAACCCUCAAUAA